GUGCACAUCAGCUGAUUUUUUUAAAUCGAAAUCAAAGGAGAUCGCAAAAAUGUGGAUCUACACACAUUUUUUUUGGUGCCGUUCACAGGUUCUAAAUCGUGUAAAGCUAGAGAUGUGUUAAUGAAUAAUGCCUUCUAGUCUAAUCAUGAAAUAUUUCGACGCAAAUGUGAAGUAAACUAAACCUCAGCGCUUCAUCUCGAUGUUCCUGACUUAGGCGUCGGAGUAAUAUAUUUUAGCUACCUCUUUUAGAGGUAAUUAGUCGUUUCAUUUAAUGAGCUUCGACGCAUACAUCACAUAGUUCUGUACCACUAACAGUCGUGACAAGUGCUAUAACGAAUCCUGAACGAGUUUCACUAAUGCAAUGAAACGCUUUUAUACGACAGUAACCUCGAAAUAUGUGUGUAGAUCCACAUUUGUGCGAUCUCCUUUGAUUUCGAUUUAAAAAAUCAGCUGAUGUGCACGGACGUCCAUAUACCGUUUAGAGUAAUUAGAUCUAGUAUAGUCUGUCAAAACAAACAUAGUUAUUGCUUCAGCCUACAAUAAUCCCUUUUAUGCGAGUUAGCUAUUCCUUUUUUCUGGUAAUAGCAGCUGAUUCAUCGACAUCACCGUAUAGAAUAAACAUGCUUCACCUUAUAUGGUAAAUGUGCGUGACAAAUCCUACGGAAAAGUGAAGGUGCUUCAUAUGAAACAAAGUAAAGGUAUAUCAUUUUGUAAUACAUAAUACUUUAGAUAUUAUUGAUCGAUCGUGCUUGAAUAUUCUGAGCAAAUGGAUAAUCAAAACCGUAAACCAUCAAAGUAAGAUUUCUGUAAUACUUUCUGUUAAAUGAGUUGAUUUUGAUGAAUUCGUUUCACAGAGCUAAACACGAUUCUUCCAAGCAUCGUGUGAAUGAGGCAAAGUCAAUGCCUCCAUCGUCAUCAAAUCAAAGCGUCUUGGAUGAAAUAGCUAAUUUUAAAAAACGGCAUUUGAAGAAAACCGUUACGAAUGAUCGUAGUGCCCCAAUUCUGACUAAUAUUGAGCCAAUUAACGUUAAAAGGUCAUCCAUCGAUAAAGGCUAUACUCAACCAGCGCAUAAUAGCGGGAGUGGAUUAUCAUCAUCGACCGUAGGAGUAACAUCCACCAAUCCGUAUGAAGCAGGGCUUCAGCAUCGAGUUCCAUCAAGAGGAAAAACUACAGAACAAAAAACAACUUCAUCGACAUCAAGAAACACGGGCGGGAGUGGAUUACCAUCAUCGACCGUAGGGGUAACAUCCACCAAUCCGUAUGAAGCAGGGCUUCAGCAUCGAGUUCCAUCAAGAGGAAAAACUACAGAACAAAAACCAGCUUCAUCGACAUCAAGAAACACGGGCACAUCGCUACCGGCACAGAUGUCUACAACAGAGAGGAAGAAGACUCGACUAUAA